CAGUGCUCCCGCCUUAAAGCCGGCCUUCUACUUGGGCGCGGGGAGGCGGCACAAGCGGGACAGGAGGUGAGGAGUUGGAUGCGAACGGUUCCCAUCUCCAAGUAAACCGCCGAUGCAAUAACCGGACACAUCGAGCUUGGGGGCCAAUAGGCAGACCACCACCACGGAACGGGCCAGAAGCAGAGGGCCAUUGUCCGAGGAACUCUCGAAUACGUCGUUCAUCUACCUUCACGCGCAAGCUCCUGAGACACGAACCAAGGCCGAACGGCGUCAACGCCCUCACACACGAUGUCACAGUUACCACAAUACGUUCUUGUCACCGGCGCGACUGGCUUCAUUGGCGCCCAUGUUGUCGACCAGCUACUGGACCGGGGCAUCAAAGUCCGUGGCACGACCCGGUCACUCGCCAAAGGCGAUGCCAUGAUCAAAGCCAGGCCGCAAUACGCCGGGAAGCUCGACUUUGUACAGAUCGAUGAUUUCGACAAGCUCAAAGAUGGCAACGAACAGUCGAGCAUCUUCGACGAGGCCGUCAAGGGAGUCGACGGCAUCAUCCACACCGCAAGCCCCCUGACCUACAACACAACGAACAACGAAACCGAACUUAUCCUCCCCGCCAUCAACGGCGUCCUCGCUCUCCUCAACGCAGCCGCCAACGCCACCACCACCACCACUCCAAACCCAACCCCCAUCCGCCGCGUAGUCCUCACCUCCUCCUUCGCCUCCGUCAUGGACACCACCCGCCAAACACCCCCCUACUUCACCUACACCGCAUCCGACUGGAACCCCCUCAGCUACGCCGAAGCCGCCGCACCCACCACCAGCGCCGUCAUCGCCUACCGCGGCUCCAAGAAAUUCGCCGAGCUCGCCGCGUGGGACUUCGUCCGCGACCGCAAACCCGGCUUCGACCUUGCCACGCUGUGCCCGCCCAUGACCUUCGGCCCGGUCGUGCACCCGGUGGAGAGCGUGGAUAAGCUGAAUGAGUCGAAUGCCAUGCUGUGGAAGGUGGCGAGCGGGGUUCGGCCGCUGCCGGUGGCGCGCGUGCCGUUCUGGGUGGAUGUGCGGGAUGUGGCGAAGGCGCAUGUCGAGGCGUUGGUGCGGCCGGGGGCCGGGGGGAAGAGGUUCCUGGUGGCGGCGCCGGAGAGGUUUACGUAUGGGGUGGCGGCGGGGGUUGUGGAGGAGGGGUUUGCGUGGGCGAGGGGCAGGGUGGUGCGGGAGGAGCAGGUUGUGGAUGAGAGUCAUGGGGUGGAUGGCGAGGCGGCGGCGAGGGAGUUGGGGUUGGAGUAUAGGAGUUUUAGGGAGACGGUUACUGAGCUGGUGGCGCAGGCUGCGGGGAUGGAGGGGGCUGGGCUGUGAUGAUGCCGCUGUGGUGUGGUUGAUGAUGGUGUACACCGAAAUGGCAUUAUUGGGUUUCUGUAACCACGUAUCCUCCUCUGACGGUGUACUAUAUGGUUCAACUUAUGAAUGGUAUUGAGCAGGUAUACAGGGGGCUUCAGCUAAUUACGAAUGGGAUAUGAGAUUCUCGG